UAUAUUUCCUAAUUACGUCAUUCAGUCUGGUCAGUCUGAAAUGAACAAAAGAUUCCGACUAUUUAAACUCACCACCACUCCGGAUUAACAUCCUCCUUCCCCCUCAUCAUCACUCUCCAGCUCCGCGCAUACAUCCAUCUCCUCCAAAAAACAAAUCCUCCUCCUGACCAUUCAUCUACUUCUCUUUCGUCCAUCAUGAGUGCAAUCCUCAAAAAACCAACCCCCACUAUCAAAAGGGGCUCGGGAUCGGCAGAACAUGCUGACCAGACUGAGCACAAGGAAGUUGAUAUCCUUUUCGACCGAUUCCUCGAGUAUAAGUCUAUUACCAAAGGACUCAUCUCUUAUUAUGAGGACCUUGCCAAAUUAGAGACUCACACGGCAAGUGAAAUGGUCAACAUUGGAGGUCAUUUACCUGUCCCUCUGCGCGAAGGAAAUCAGUUCCUUCCCGAGGGUGGUUGGCAAUCUAUCCUCUAUGAUACUCGCGAACAGACCCGAGCAAUGGCCGACUAUCACACCACCUUUGCUCACACUAUCACCCAUAGUGUUCUCCAUACUCUUAAUCACGUCAAGAAUGACAUCAAAAUCUUUAUCACUGAUCUGGAAAAUGAACCCAGAGCGCUAGCUUCCGAAGUCGGUCAACACCGUGUUGACUCCACUCGAUUGCUCUCACAACUUGCUCAAGGCAUAGCCCACUCUAAGAGCAACCCCCAUGCCAUGACUGCCAAAGAUGAUCCUGUCCUCAUCCACCGCCAAGUUGAAGCCCAGUUGAAAGCUCAACUGAACUUUGAGAAUUCUCUGACUCACAUGAUCAUCGAGUACCAAAAGAAAGCGUUUGAGCUUGAGAAGCGUGUCAACACUGACAUCCAGACCGCAGUCAAAGACUUUGAAGCGGCUCGACUUCAAGCCCAGGAGGCAACCAACAAGCACUGGCAAACGAUCCACAAUGGUAUUACCCAACUCGACCCUGAGAUUGAGUGGAACGAAUAUGCCCAAAGAAGUGGUCACUUGAUUCCUGAAUCAAUCACCAUGCGUGAUGCCGCAAAAAUCGCCUUCCCGGGACAAAACGACGAGACCACCAAGCCGAUCAAGGCAGGAUUCCUCGAGCGCAAAAAGCGAUACACCAAAAAUUACAAGGAGGGGUUCUAUGUUCUCACUCCAUCAGGAUACCUUCACGAGCACAAAUCAUCCGAUCCCGCGAAACACGGAGAACCCGAACUUUCCAUCUUUUUACCCAACUGUUCUAUCUCAGCUCCUGCGCCUGAAGGCUCGAAGACGUUCAAGUGGCACGUCGAAGGCAGCAAGAGUACUAGUGGUGGAAACCAAAUGGGAAGUCUCAGGAAGAUGAAAAAAACCCUUCACAUUGGUCGCAAAGAUAUCGCGUUCAGCUUCAAAGCCCGCACCUAUGCCGAAAUGACCCAAUGGUGGGAAUUACUCCAACACCCUGCCAAGUCCUCUUUCACCCAGGCAACUGUUAGAUCGAGCAUGCCUCCUGGUGCAGCCGUCUCAGCUGUCAGCGACAUCGGAUUAGACAAGACUUCGCCCCAGUCCGAGGCCCCACCAACCGUGACGCGUCGGGUUGCUGAAUCUAGUAGUGACGGUGAGAGCGGUGGGUCAUCUGAAGAAGAAGAUGCCGCUCACAGCCAUGACGAGCUCUCUACCGCGCCCACUACCCCAUCCGGCUUACAUCACGACCAUCCUCAUAUGUCCCCUGACGCCGUUUCCGAGGGUUUACCUGUCUACAAGGGUGGAGAUCACACCGAAGCUGCAAUGGCCAAUCUGAAGGAGAAGCCUGAGAUUCACCCUGUUCAAGACGUCCCUCAGCUGACCGUUUCCACCAGUUAAGGAAAUCCCGGACUGGCAUUCAUUAAGAUUUUUCUCAAAAAGUACAUCCGAUCUACUGGUUCCGAUAGCGAUAAGAUUAUCUAUUUCUUUAUUCAUCAAAAAAGGACCGCAUUCAUAUUCUAUUCUCUAGUGGGAACAGAUGUAGGAACAGCAUACUAGUUUAUCUAUUUCUUCUGCCGCACACAAUUAUUCAUUCCCUGAAAAACAAAAAAAAAUACGAGUUCUUAUGAAAGGGAAAAAACGCCCAAAUGGUUGAGUUUCUGAAUUCAAUCAAUGCCUUAUUCCCGGACUCCAAAAUGUAAAACACAUGGAUUUCUCUAUCUCAUCAUCUAUCUUCUCAUUUGUUGUAACAACACAUGCAUUUUUGUAUCCUUAUUGUUUCGCUCAAAAUGAAUAUCAUUUCAUCUAUGAAUCAUCAUCCUCACCUCUG